GGGAGUACAACACCUCCCAGAUGAGUUUUAGCCGCGCCAUCAGGGAAACAGGGCUAUUCUCUGAUAAUUGUUCAUGCGGCCAACUUUACUUUUUAUUCCCAACUCUGCGGUCUUGUACCUAUUCGUGGCGACACUUGGUUUGCUUUUCUUGUUGUACCUGUUUUGUUGGGUGUGAGCUGUAUACACGGCUUAUUUGACCAGAUGACAAUAUGUUUGCAAAUGUUCCAGAGGGAGCUGGGACUUUAUUUUUAACAGUACCUUGUUCAGUUGCUCUGACAGUCCCGCGAUUUUCCAGAUGACCCGAACACACAACUUUGUUGUUUUUUUGCCUGGAGGGAACACCACACAAAGAAACGGGAUCUAACUCCAUGUCAAUUGUUGUGAGACGCUUCUUUGCUGCAGUUUUAUCACCUCCCCACCCACCCCGGGCAUGCUUGGUUCGCAUAUAUUAACAGCUUGCUGUCGGUGGGAUAAACUUGGAACUUCACCAAUCCCUAUUCAAACCCAGGACCGGAGGAACAAAACGCAACGAGGAGCGAUUUUUAAAAGACAUCUAUUUCCUGGGGGUCUUGCUGUGCGCAAUUUGAUUACCAACUUGUCCUGCAAAACAGCGGUUGUUGCACUUCAGAGGUAACUUAUUGGCUGUGAUUUACUUCGAAACAUUUUGGAGAUGUUAUGUAAAGAACACAAACUAGGCAGCCUUUGUACAGUAUGGUGAUUGGAGCAGUGGGAUUGCAGAAAGAAACAGGAUAUUUUCUGCUGGCACAUUUCUGAUAUGGUCUAAAAGAGAUUCAACGAGCAACAUGGCUUCAGCUGCCAUCAACAAAGGAAACCAACCGUUGCCAAGUCUCUCGGGUGUGGACUCUGAAACCUGCACCAUUGUGUUUAAGAACCACUGGGCCCAGGUGAUAAAGAUCUUAGAGAGGCACGACCCACUGAAGAAUUCAAGUGCAAGACAUGGGAAUAUCCCGCCAGAUGAAGCGAGCGCCGUUCAGAAUUAUGUUGAACACAUGAUCUUCCUGCUGAUUGAGGAGCGAGUUGAAGAUACUUCCAUGGGUCCCAUUCUGGAAUUUGUAGUGACAGAAAAUGUCAUGGAGAAACUUUUCCUGUGGAGCCUUCGAAGGGAGUUCACAGAUGAAAUGAAGAUUGAGCAGAUAAAAAUCUAUGAAAUGUUGAUCUCACAAUGCCAUCAGCCUUUGCUGCACCACAAGCCGAUCCUGCGGCCUUUGAUGAUGAUGUUAAGUGUGUGUUCUGGGACUACUACUCCCGCUGUGGAAACUGAACUGGUCUUACUCCUCAAUCAGCUUUGUUCCAUUUUGGCGAAGGAUCCUUCCAUCCUGGAACUCUUUUUCCACACGAGUGAAGACCAGGGAGCAACGAACUUUCUCAUUUUCUCCCUGCUGAUUCCUUUCAUUCACCGAGAGGGAGGAGUGGGACAGCAGGCUCGAGAUGCAUUGCUGUUUAUCAUGUCUAUGUCAGGUGAACAUGAUGUGGCGAAACACAUUGUGGAAAAUACAUACUUCUGUCCGGUGUUAGCCACAGGACUGAGUGGUCUGUACUCCUCAUUGCCCACUAAACUGGAAGUGAAAUCUGAUGAAUGGCACUACCUGCAGCGGGAGGACUGGAUACAGAUUCCUGCACUUGUACAAUUCUUGAACUCUCUGGAAUUCUGCAACGCAGUAAUACAGGUGGCGCAUCCUAUGAUAUGUAAUCAACUUGUGAACUACAUCUACAAUGGAUUCCUUGUGCCUGUCUUGGCUCCUGCACUGCAUAAAUUGACUGUGGAAGAAGUGAUGACGACAACAGCAUACCUGGACUUGUUCCUCCGCAGUAUCUCAGAGCCUGCCCUGUUGCAGACCUUCCUGAGCUUCAUUCUGCUGCAUGAGCAUGAAAAUGUGCCAAUUCUAGAUACGCUUGUUAGCAGAAUUAACACCCCAUUUCGGUUGUGUGUCGUAUCUCUGGCCCUGUUCAGAACCCUUAUCAAUCUGAAUUGUGAGGAUGUUAUGUUGCAACUUGUCUUGAGGUACCUAAUACCAUGCAAUCACAUGAUGCUGAGCCAGCGUGGGGCAGUGAGGGAAAGAGAUUGCUACUCAGUGUCUGCUGCCAAGCUGCUUGCCUUAACUCCAGCCUGCUGUAAUUCUGGUAUUCAGAUGACCCAGAGAGAACAUGAGGGCGAUGAGUUAUUAGGGUCACAGAUCACUGAUCCAUCCCAUACUGUCACUGCAGGUUCUGAAGGAAUGGUGUCCCAUACGCAAAUUCUAGGGGAUUGGAACAGACUCCGAAAACCACUGGAUAUCAGUUACCUGCAGUACCUAUGGGAGGCUCGGGUCAACAUCAUCACCUGUAUGAAAAACUGCAGAGCAUGGUCUGCACCUUACGAUGGGGAAAUUCCAGAUGCUGAAAUUGUUAGCCCAAUUUUGCCAGACAACUCUAGCAAGCCCAGCAAUAGGAAAUCAGCUAAAGGUCAAUACAGUUCUGCCGUUAGGAGGACUAGAUUGAAGUCCACUUCCACUAGGGAAAAGAUGCAACUGGACUUGGAAUGGGAUAACAGCUAUGACACUGGAAUGUCUCCAGGCUCGGAAGAAGACUCCUUGCAGCCUUAUUUACCCUUUACUCCUAAUGAAGAAACUGGGAACUGUACACAACUAGUCGAUCCUCCCAAACACAUCCAGGAGAUGAAGAAAAGCACAUUAAUGCUCAUUAGAGGCUCUUACAUCGAGGAGUCAGAUUUUCAUGAUGAUGUCAUGGUUUAUAGAUUAUGUGCAGAAAAUGAUGCUCAGGAUAUUGUUGAAAAUAAUUCUAAAAAUGUCAGAAGAUCAGCUUCUGUGAAAAGUACAGAUCCGAAAACACUGACACGCAAUGGGCCUGCUAAUAGAAUAUUGCAGACCAUGGCAAAGCGUACCGCUGCAAAUAAGCAAACCUCUGAGAGUGGCAGAUCUGAGCAGGGCAUGGAAAUGGAGCAUUCAGGACAGGGACCUGCACAAAUAGAAAAGAAACAGGAGGAUGGUCUGUGUGUAUCAAACACUGAAUCCAAGCACUCCAACCAGCAAAGCUUGAAUCUGGAGGCUGAUGAUUUUCUUUCUCAGUAUCAGGAUCUUCUUGCAAAGCUAAACUCUAAUACAGGUGACUCAGUGGCACUGAAGCAGAAUUCAUCUGAACCUAACACUCCUACGGAAGAAGAUGAUGAUUUUGAGAAGUUGACUGAGCCCCCACUUUCUGACAGUGUAACUUUUCCAUUUGGUCCCAAAGUUCACCUGAUGUAUUCCAAUAAUCCUGCUAGAAUACAUGGAGCUCCAUUCACAGGGCCAUUCAUCAGCGUUUUAUUGUCAAAGCUGGAGAAUAUGCUGGAAAAUGAAUUACAUGUGAACUUGCUGCUAACUGGGAUUGUUGCUCGACUGGCAUGUUACCCACAGCCCCUCCUCCGUUCUUUCUUACUGAACACAAACAUGGUCUUCCAGCCCAGUGUUCGCUCCCUCUAUCAGGUGCUGGCAUCUGUAAAAAAUGCAAUUGAACAGUUCGCUUCUACAAGGGAAAACUUUUCAACAUACCUGACCGAUACGCGCGAAUAUUUGCUCUCUCGGGUAGAGAUCUCCACUUCACACAAAGCGGUCUUGACAGGCGAAGAAAUUAAGCACAAUCGAAGUAUUGCUGAUAAUGGACACAAGCAUCAAGGCAGUGCUCAGGAAGCACAAUACCCACCUUUAAGAAAGCCAGUGGCUCGACUUACCUCGCCUGUGAAAAAUUCGAUCAAUGCAGCUGUCAUCUUCAUGGAAUUUCUUAAGGAACUUGCGGCCAUUGCACAAGAACAUUCCAUUUUAUCUCACGUUCCACUGGAGGCAUGUGAGGAAUGAUUGUUACAUGUUUGAAGAAGUGUUUUAAUGCAAUUGAUACAGUCUACUUUUAAAUCCUUUCCAAAGUAAUAUUGUAUUUGUACCUGGCCUUAACUACAGUAAGAGAAUGAGUAGAACAAUUUUGUCUCAUUUUGUUGAUGCUCGGAAUUUUUGAGAAAUGUUGACUUUUAAACGCAGCAGCCUUAUUGUCAUAGAAAACUCACGAGUGAAAUUGUUUCACUAUGCAAACUACAAUGUAUGUAUGUGGGCAAGAAUUUAAUUGAUUAUCGGUGUAUUGAAUUUUUGAGUAUAUAUAAAUGUUAUAAAUAUACAAGCACUUCUGGUGGUCGCUGAACUUUAGGUGUGAGCAUUCGAGUCUGUUCUUUUAAUGUCUGAUGAUAUUCAUUUUGUAAAGGUUUGUUGUGAAUAGUACCAAAGAUUAAAUGAAUGAGGACUGAAAUUUUCUGCCACUUUAAUGCUAAUGAAAGAGCUUUUUAAAUAGUACCGUCAUAUUAUGAAAUCUCAAAUAUUCUAUCAUAGUGUCCAGCAGGUGAAAAAGAUCAUUGCAGAAAAGUGGCAAAGCAGUAAAAUUGUUUGCUUUAUGGGGAGGUCUUCAAAAGAUUGUUUUUAUAUAUGUAAAGCUGUUUGUUUGUACACGUAAGUCAAUGCCAGAUUAUAGGGAAAAUUAAAGAACUGCAGAUGCUGUAACUCAGGAACAAAAACAAAGUUGCUGGAACAGCUCAGCAGGUCUGGCAGCAUCUGUGAAGGAUAUAAGAGUUAAUGUUUCAGGUCCGGUGAUGUUUCGGGACCCUCAGGUUCUGAGAAAGGGUCACUGGACCCGAAAUGUUAACUCUGUUUUCUCCUUCACCGAUGCUGCCAGACCAGCUGAGCUUUUCCAGCAGCUUUGUUUUUGUAUAGGGGUAAAACCAUGGUCUUGGUGAUUUUACUGUUGUGUUGAUUUAUUUUUGCAACGUCAGUAGGAAUUAUAAAAUCAGAUUUCUAAAAUUUAAUAUUACGGUGUGGAACUACUCUGCUGGAUCUGAGGGUUGGUGGUAUUUAUAAGUACCUUCUGCAGAGUAAAUUAACUUAUUUACUUGAAUGUACUGACAAUUUAAUAAAGUUUGUGACUCUCUGUGCAGGAUACUAUUUUAAGUAAGUUUAGUAGGGAGUUGCUCACUUUGUCUACUGCAACAAUUUUAAUUCCAAGCAUUAAAGUUGUCUUAAAAUGGGUUCUGAAUGGUUUUUAUUUGAGAUAUACAUUAAAGCUAGGAAUUAACUUUUAAUGCUACUGUUAAAUUAUCUUUUCAUGCAAAAUGUUGCAGUUAAGUAUCUUUUGUUAUAACAUGAGUACUUGACUAAUAUCUUUGAUAGGCAACAGCAUUUGUAUGGUUCCACUGCAAUCAACUGCCAAAAGAUGAUGUAGCUCCUAAUAAUUGUGAUCCCAUGAGUCUAGGUUUAAUGGAUAUUGAACAUCAAUACUACAAAAAGCAUUCCAAUGCACAAAUCAAACUCAACUCAACUAAUUAACAUUCAUAAAUAGAAAUUACUGUAAAUAUUCAACAGAAUUUCAGCUCUGUGACCUUUCAUUAGAAUAGAAUGAUACUGCACAUACACUGCAUAACAGUAGUUCCACCACAUCUGCAAUAUAUUUCAUAACACAGCUAAUGUGCAAAUACAUGUUUUCAAUAUAGAAAUCUCAGGCAGACAUCUGAACAGGAGUUUGCGUUCAUUUCAAUCCACUGCAUGUAAAUUUGAUCAAUAAAGAACAGAAAAUAACAGCCAUUGUUCCUACAUUUAAGUAAGUUACUGGACUGUCCUGUUGGAUCAUAGUUUCAAUCAAUAAGUUACAUUUAGUAUGAGUUGUACUUUACAUGAUGAUUUACUGACAGAUUGCAAGUCAAUUGUAUGAAUUGUGAAAUAAUCAUGUUCAUUUUACUGAGGCAGAAUUGUGCAAUUACUGCAGGCAACCAGUAGGAUAGAUUUUUAACAAGAGUAAACACUUAAAAAAUGAAGGGGCAUUCAACCUUGUGGACAAAUAAAUGAAUGCGUCUCAAGAUUUUGUCAGUGAUUCAGUUAUUUUAACAGGUUAAGAUAACACUUGUAAAAUUUCAAUUUUGAUCAAUUUCCUGUAACUGCUGAACUAAAACAGCUCUGCUUUGUCUUGAUUUCCAUUCUUUCAGGAUAAUUUCUUUUCCAAAAUAGAUUUCACUAGGGUUGGGGCA